UAGAUACUCAUCUAUAGAUUAAAAAUUACUUCAACGGAGUUAAUGGACAAGGAAAUUACAUUAUCAAAGAUAAGUUUUUGAAUUAUUAUUUAAACUCGAGCAACCAUCAAGCCUACAGUUUAUCCAAAAUGAAUUUUAAAAUAUGUUUGUUAUUUUGUGCAACAUUAGUAAAUGGGGGUAUCUUAAAACACCAUAUAGUACUGACAUCUGAAGAAAGUACUACAGAUGACGGUUGGUGGAAAAAUGCCAUAUUUUACCAAAUAUAUCCUAGAUCAUUUAUGGAUAGCGAUGGUGAUGGUUAUGGCGAUUUACAAGGCAUCAUAAGUAAACUAGACCAUUUAAAAGAUAUGGGAAUCGAUGCUGCCUGGUUAUCUCCUAUUUAUCCAUCACCAGGUGUAGAUCAGGGAUAUGAUAUAUCAGAUUACAGAGACGUUGACCCAAUGUUUGGAAAUCUGUCAGAUCUAAAAGAACUUAUCGAAAAAGCUCACGAACUCGGAAUUAAAAUAAUUAUGGAUUUUGUACCAAAUCAUACCAGCGAUAAACACGAUUGGUUUCUGCAGUCCGUCGCUAAAAACGAUACUUUUGCAGAUUUUUAUAUUUGGAAAGAUGGAGGUACUGAUGGAGUUCCGCCAAAUAAUUGGAUAAGUAUAUUUGGCGAUUCUGCGUGGACUUACAGCGAUACCAGAAAACAGUUUUACUUGCAUCAAUUUGCCAGCGCACAACCAGAUUUGAACUAUAGAAAUCCUGCAGUAGUUAAAGCAAUGAAGGAGGUACUUAUUUACUGGCUUGAUUUUGGAGUUGACGGAUUCAGAAUGGACGCCGUCCCAUAUUUAUUUGAAGAUGAAAAUUUUCCUGAUGAACCACUUUCAGGUGCUGAUGGUAUGAGCUCCAACCAGUACGGGUAUUUGAAACACAUUUAUACCAGCAAUUUGGAACAAACCUAUGACAUGAUUUAUCAGUUCAGGGCUGUAUUGGAUAACUACAAUAGGGACAAAAAUGUAACGUAUUCCAGAAUUAUGAUGACAGAAGCGUAUACCAAAACAAUGAGUCAAACUUUUGCCUAUUACGGUAAUAACACUGUUGAUGGAGCCCACUUCACAUUCAACUUUAACCUUAUUACUUCCGAUAGCAGUGCUGACAAUAUCAUAAAUGCUGUCAAUAAAUGGCUGAGUAACAUACCACAGAAAUACGUCAGCAAUUGGGUGCUAGGCAAUCAUGAUCAGCACCGCGUAGCCAGCAGACUAGGGAUACAUAAUGUAGACGCUUUGAAUAUGUUAACAGCAUUUUUGCCUGGCAUCCAAGUCACAUACAUGGGAGAAGAAAUUGGAAUGGAAGAUGGAGCAGUUACGUGCGGACAAGGCCAUGAUCCACAAGCAAUUAAAAACUGUUCAACCUUCAAUGAAACUUCCAGAGACUUUGAACGCACCCCUUAUCAAUGGGACAGCAGUUUCAAUGCUGGAUUUAGCAAAAAUUCUACAACUUGGCUUCCAGUGAGUGAAAAAUACAAAACGACAAAUCUUUUAGAUGGAAAUUCUGCUAAAAUAAGGUCACAUUAUAAUGUCUAUAAGAGCAUGGUUCAGUUUAGGCAGCAUUUCAAAGGCAUUACUCAUGAUGAGGUGGCUUUGUUAAAGCUUUCUGAUGAUGUUAUGAUGAUCAAUAGAACUACUAAUAAAGGAGAAUUUGUUUAUCUUUUCAAUAGUGGAAAUGGUAUAGAGACUGUAAAUGUUCAUAAUAGUAGUUUUAACUUUGUUGUUUUGGUGACAGACGUUAACAGUCAAUUUUCAAUGGGGGACAAUUUGCCGCAAAGUGUCACUUUGAUGCCUCACGAGUGCAUAAUUCUCAAGGCUCAGUCAACGUCAACAUCAUCAGCAAUGAAAGCAUUCUCCUCAACGUUAAUGGGUACCGUCUUAUUUAUUGUGUUUAUGUUCAAAUAAUAAUUUGUUGUGUUUUUAUUGUAUUUUUUCUAAAUCAAUCGUCAUGUGGUCAAUUUGAUCAAAUCAAAUUGAAACCUAACGGUUAUUGUAUUUUACUGGUAUAAUAAAUCCUAUACACAUACAUCCAAACUUGUUGUACAAAAUAGAAACUUAUUGAACAUAUCCUGAUUACAUUAUGGCCUGAAUCUAUAGAAG